UUUUUUUUAAGUUCAUUUUGGCGUUGCUGCCAUUUUGGACUUGCUAAAUAAAUUUUCAAAUUUUGGCAACUGCACCAAGUAUGAAGGUCUUCAAAUCCAAAAUAUUUUUGUCGAUCAAUUUGUUAUUGUUAAAAGUGCGUUCAUCAUUAGUCAUGGUAGAAGUUUCAAAAGAACAAAUCUCGAUAAAUUAAUUUCCAAGGAAAAAUAUGUUGUAGAUACGUUGCCGUAAAGCUCCGUCAACAUGGAAAUAUACUUUUGAAAUAUGAAUUUUAACUCUAUAUGAAAAACAUUGGACAAAACAACAGUUUUGAAUUUAAAAUUGAGGUAUAUGACAUCAUUAUAUUGUGAUUCUACCUUGGACGUACGCGUCCUUUUGAAUUUGUACAAAAAACAUAUUUGCAAGUAAUUUUACAAGUCAGCAAUUCAAUUGAGAAUAAAAUGGCGGCAAACGGGGAAGAAGUACCAGCAAAAAAGCUAAAACAGGUACGCGUCUGGGCGGAUGGCUGUUACGAUAUGGCUCAUUUUGGCCAUGCUAAUUCUCUUCGGCAAGCAAAAGCGAUGGGCGAUUAUCUAGUUGUUGGUGUGCACAGCGAUGCAGAAAUAACGAAACAUAAAGGACGCCCUGUCAUGAACGAGAAAGAUCGUUACAAGAUGGUUCGUGCUAUAAAAUGGGUUGACGAAGUCGUCGAGGAUGCUCCAUACGUGACGAGUUUGGAGACGAUGGAUCGUUAUAAUUGUGAUUUUUGUGUACAUGGAGACGAUAUCACAACUGAUGUUAAUGGAGUUGACUCCUACAGACAUGUCAAAGCAGCAGGUCGUUACAAGGAAUGCAAGCGUACAGAAGGUAUAUCAACAACUAAUCUUGUUGGACGUAUGUUACUUCUGACUCGCGAUCACUUCCAAACCAAAACACCUAUUGGUUGCCUGGACGCGGAAAUGCUAGGUGUUGGUAGUUCAGAUCCAUCUGGGAAAAGGAGUCCUUGGACCUCUGUCUCUCAUUUUAUGCCAACCACCCAUAAGAUUGUUCAAUUUUCUGAUGGUAAAGAGCCAAAAUCUGAUGAUAAGAUUGUGUACACUCCAGGAUGUUUUGAUUUAUUCCAUGCUGGCCAUGUUGACUUUCUGGAGCAUUGUAAAAAAAAAGGUGACUAUGUUAUUGUUGGUCUUCACACUGAUGUUGAAGUAAAUCGCUACAAGGGUGCCAACUACCCUGUUAUGAAUCUUCAUGAAAGAGUCUUGUCAGUUUUGGCUUGCAGAUAUGUUGACCAGGUUAUCAUUGGAGCUCCCUAUAUAGCCACAGAAGAGUUAUUGGAUCAAUUCAAGGUUGAUUAUUUUUGUCAUGGUAUGACUCCAAUUGCACCAGAUGCUAAUGGUAAUGACCCUUAUGCAAUUCCAAAGUCCCGUGGUAUAUUCACGAUCAUCGACAGUAUUAACAACUUGACAAGGAAAAUAAUUCAAAACAUUAUUAUGAACCGCUUGACAUACGAGGAUCGAAACAAAAAAAAAGAAGAGAAAGAAUACCGUAUAUGGAAGUCGAUACAAGACCAAGCAAGACAAAGUCAAAUGGAUGGAGAUGAUAGAAAUGAUGGAGAUGGUAAAAAUGCAGAUGUCACAAAAGAUAGAUAAAGCUGUGUCACAAUUCUUGUAUUUGGAAAGAUUUCAAGUCUUUUAAAUAGCACACCAAGUCAAGUGUAAAAUGAACAUUUUUGUCAAACUAGUAUGAUUGACUUUUAAACAUAAACAACAAUUACAUUUAAUUAGGUUUUGAUUAUUAUACAAGGACUUGCAUGUCUAUAUUAAUUUCACUAGGUAAAUUUAAGUUGAGAUGAAAAAUACCAUUGACAAUUCAUUAAUAACUAACUUAUGGCAUGAUUUUGUUGUUCCAUACAUCCUUUAGAUUAUGGGAUAAAGAAUAAAUGUCAUAUAAAUGAUAUAAUAGAGAUGCAAGGUAAGGAGUGUGACGAGGAAAUAACAUAUUGUAACAACUCACCAAUUUAAA